GCCGCCGCUUUCUAUCCCAGCAGCACCUGAGCAGUUCCGCUUCUGUUUCUCCGCUGCGUUCUCGGGGGCGGACGGGUCGCGUGGACGGCUGGCGGGGAUCGAUGGCUCAGGGCAAGCAGAAAUUCAAGGCGCGCCAGACGGCCGCUGCGGGGAAGAAGGCGGCGGCUGCCCGGGGACCUCGCAAGGGAGGUCGUGUAAUUGCUCCCAAGAAAACUCGUGUGAUCCAGCAGCAAAAACUGAAAAAGACUCUGGAGGUUACCAUCCGUAAGAAGAUUGAGCAUGAGGUGGUAAUGAAGGCCAAUGCUAAGUUACCCAAGAAACUUAGUGUGCUGAAGGCCCCCAAAGCAGAAACAAAGAAAGAUCCAGGCCACUCCAGCAAGUCUUAGCAAUGUUUUAUGCACUGAAAUUGGUGAUUGUGGCCAAUUUCACUUUGAUUUGACUGUUCCACAGUAUCUGCCAUUUUGUUGGGUAGUCAUCUAGGGUGCUACGUGUUUCAGCUAGUGGAGACAAGUUUUCUUCUACAUGAAAAACCACCUGGCUUGCUCCUUGCCCGAUACUGUGUGUGUGGGCUAGUACAAUAGGUAUUAGGUCAUUUUCAAACCUGCCUUACUCUAGUUUAAGUCUCAACAAUUUUUCUGCUUUGUCUUUGGAUUUAUGAUUUCCAUGAAAGCUACUUUGUUUUCAGUCUAGUAUGACCUGGGCCAGAUUUGCAACUGUGGCUUAACUGUGUUAGACCAGAAAGGAAGAUCUCGUGUGAGUAUCCACUGGGGGAGCAUAAUAACUCCCGGGUUCUUGCCUGAUGUUGAUGAACCUGUUGAUGUUCACAUCUGUUUUAGUAUAGGGAUAGGCAACAUGCUACUCUCCAGAGGUUUAUGAUUGGCCCUUGCUAGUGUGGCAAAUAGGUAUUAAGAGGAACAAAGUUCACACCAAAGAAAGGCCACUGGAUUACCUUCCCCUACUAGAAAUAAAACUCAGGUCUAUCCAUAUGAUCUAAAUUCUGCAAAACUGAGGUUUAGUCAGAUUGUUGUAUACAUAUUUAGAAUUGACAAACAGGCUAUUGUGGAACCACAUAAUUCUGUGUUUACAUCAAACAUGGAUCUGCAUCUCUAUGUUCAGUUUUGAAUCAAGAGGCAGAAAUGGCACUCUUAGCUUACAGUUCUCAACUGUUUGAACGUUAUCCCUUCUGGAAAGUAGCUUGACUUAUCUGUAUGCUGUGAGCUCUCUUGCCCUUUGUCUUCACCCGCUGCCCUCUGAUCAGUAUAACACGCUAGUGAUUCUUUUCUGCUUGCUGAUUCUCAUCCUUUUUUUCCUUAUCUCAUCCCUCAUCUGUUUAUUGCAGUUGAACCCUCCUACCCCUGCAAAUCACACAAGUAGUUUUAAUAAGAGAGAGUGAGGCUAAAAUGAUGAUGCAUAUGCCAUGGCACCAUCAUGCAGUUGCCCACAUUUUGUACUUGUGCCAUGCUGUGAUGCAAAUUACUAAGUUGUGCCUUUGACAUGAUCCUGGCAUCACACACUUGUCAUCAUUUGUCCCUACCUGCAAAUAUCCAUAUUAGUUCAGGAGUGCAAGCUGUUGAUCUUUCUAUAUAUGUUACCCAACUUUAAAGUAGUCUGGGGAAUAAUCUUGAACUAUGGUGUAUUUUCUAAUCAGCAAUCCAAAACCUAUUUUUAAAAGAAGCUUAAUUGCUGCAAAUGUUUGCUUAUAACUAAACUGUGUCUUUGUGCUACAUUUAAAAAAAUAAAUAAUCCAGGAAGUACA